CGGCGCGGCAACGUCGCGUGUGCCGCGCCGCACCGCCGCCAUUGAUCGCACGUCAGUUGCCGCGGCAACGCUGCCAGACCAUGGUGUUCAGCAAAAUACAGAUGUCUGACACCGCCACAAUGAAAUUGAUUAAAGAAGUGCACAAACAUGGCUGCAUCUGGAAUCCUGAGGAUGAAAAUUAUAGUGAUAGACAGCAGUUGUUGGUGGCGUGGGACGAAAUAGCGAAAGCGCUGGAUUUGCCUGAGGACAUACUCCGUGGCAAGUGGAAGAUACUGCGCGACUUUUUCAAGAGAGAAGUAAAAAGAAAAAACGUCACUUCUGUAGAAGACUACAAGGGUAGAUGGCGCUACUUCAAUAGCUUGGGUUACCUACUACAUCUGUCCUUACCAAGAACAGAAGAAGACGACGGACACACGAGCGAUAAAGUCGAGACUGAGAUAGACUAUGAACCGAAAUACGCCCCAAAUGCUAACCUUGAGGUUUAUUUAGAAGAUCCCAUCCCAGAAAAAAAGUUUAAACCUAAUGAGCCAGAGGACUACGACUUGAUGUUCCUGAAGUCGCUUAUGCCGUUUUUUAAGCAACUGGAGCCGACUAGGAACUUGGUGGUAAGGAGCAGAAUACAAGAUUUGUUGCUGAAUGAGUUAGCUGCGCAGAAUAUGAACAAAAAUAAGAUGUGAUAGUGAAACCAGAUAAAAGAAAGAUUUGUGGUGUUUAUUUUCAUUUUCAACCAUAUUGAUAGUGGUGUUUUUUUUGUCGGUUGUACUGGAUAAGAUAAAGACAAUAUGUGUGACUUUUAGGAAUAUUAAAAUAUCCGAUUUGAUGAUUAUCAGAUGAAACUAA